AACUUCCCUGCCGACGGUGCAUGCUCUCCUAGCUAGAUUUUCCUUCUAGAUUCUUCGGGAACCAUCUCGGCUGGCUGGGCCGGACGACGACGACGUAGUGGUGGACCGGCGGGGAAAGGGGCGCAAUCAGGAAUAGGAUACUCGGAAGGAAGGAGGCACCGCGCGCAUGCACAUAUCAUGUCGCUGAGGUGCUGGAGAACCUUGCGUUCCUGGCGAACGCGAGCAACCUGGUGACGUACCUGAUGAACUCGAUGCACUACUCGCCGUCGCAGUCGGCCACGACGGUGACCAACUUCAUGGGCACGGCCUUCCUGCUCGCCCUCCUCGGCGGCUUCCUCUCCGACGCCGUCUGCACCACCUACGUCGUCUACCUCGCCAGCGCCGCCGUCGAGUUCAUGGGCCUGGUGAUCCUGACGAUCCAGGCGCGAUCCUCAUCCCUGAUGCCACCGGCGUGCGCCAAGGUCGCCGGCACUGCGCCGUGCGAGCCGGUGUCCGGCAGCAAGAAGGCGAUGCUGUUCGUGGGGCUGUACAUGACGGCGCUGGGCAUCGGGGGCAUCAAGGGCUCCCUGCCGUCGCACGGCGCGGAGCAGUUCGACGAGGGCACGCCGCGGGGCCGCAAGGGCCGCUCCACCUUCUUCAACUACUUCGUCUUCUGCCUCUCCUGUGGCGCGCUCGUCGCCGUCACCUUCGCCGUGUGGGUGGAGGACAACAAGGGGUGGCAGUGGGGCUUCUUCAUCUCCACCAUCGCCAUCCUGCUCUCCAUCCCGGUCUUCGCCGCCGGGUCCAGGUUCUACCGCAGCAAGGUGCCCACGGGCAGCCCGCUCGUCACCAUCGCCAAGGUCCUGCUCGCGGCGGCGCUCGCGCCGCGGCGUGGUGGCACUCCGAGCGCCAGCAACGGCGCCGUCAUCGACCGUGCGCCCAGCCCGACGGGGAGCACCGAGCUGAAGGAGUACUGCAAGCCCGGGGAGGCGUGUGCAGCCGCAGACGAGGCGACGGAGCCGUCCCAGGAGCUGAGUGCGUUGAACCGCGCGGUGCAUUGCCAGCCCCGGCACAGGGCCCUGGCGUGCACGGUGCAGGAGGUGGAGGACGUCAAGAUCGUGCUCAUGGUGCUCCCCAUCUUCCUCGCCACCAUCAUGCUCAACUGCUGCCUGGCCCAGCUCUCCACAUUCUCCGUGGAGCAGGCGGCGACGAUGGACACGCGCAUCGGCGGUCUCAAGGUGCCCGCGGCGUCGCUGCCAGUGUUCCCCGUCACGUUCAUCAUACUCCUGGCACCCAUCUACGACCACCUCAUCAUCCCGUUCGCGCGGCGCGCGACGGGCACGGAGAUGGGCAUCACCCACCUCCAGCGCAUCGGCACGGGGCUGGUCCUCUCCAUCGUCGCCAUGGCCGUGGCCGCCGUCGUCGAGGUCAAGCGCAAGAACGUCGCCACUAACAACGGCAUGAUGGACUCCCGCGCGCCGCUGCCCAUCACCUUCUUCUGGAUCGCCUUCCAGUACCUCUUCCUCGGGUCGGCGGACCUCUUCACGCUCGCGGGCCUGCUGGAGUUCUUCUUCAGCGAGGCGCCACCGCGGAUGCGCUCGCUGGCCACGUCGCUCUCGUGGGCGUCGCUGGCGCUGGGCUACUACCUCAGCUCGGUGCUGGUGACGGUCGUCAACAGCGCGACGGGGCGCGGCGGGCACCGGCCGUGGCUGGAGGGGGCCAGCCUCAACCACUACCACCUCGAGCGCUUCUAUUGGCUCAUGUGCGCGCUCAGCGCCGUCAACUACAUCUUCUUCUUGGUCCUCGCCAUCCGGUACAAGUACAGAAACGCUGGGGUCAUCAAGGCCUGAUGAUGUAGUUUUGUAAAUGUUGGAUAUGCAGGACAGGAGGUCUAGUAGUAUUAUCUGGCAAAGGUGAAUGGAAGUUUUAGAAUGUUGUUAAUUGGGUUUGGGGGUUCUGAAGGCUGUUCAUUGGUGUGGAUUUGGUUGGUUGGAUGGCUAGCUGAAGAAAAAAACUCCAUCGGAGUUCGGCGUGGCAGGCAACUAUAUAUAUGGACAUAUCUUUCGGCUAAUUAGGCAAUCACAGUCUCCUCCAUAUAGAGAUAAUUUAGUCCAUGUACAGAGAAAAUCAAAAUCUCCUGACCUGCAGAAUUACCGACUUACACAAACAAUGAAUAUCGGUCGUUUCA